UUUUAUGCAACCAGUCUUGCUUCGGAGCGAGUGAGUCUACUCCUCCAGCCUUUGACAGACGAGGAAAGUGUGUGCAGUGUCUGUCUGGCCGCUUUUCGUUGGUCGGUCUCUGUUAAUCGUAAAGGUUGACUGUUUCGUUGUGGUAACCGAUUUGACCGGAUCCGGUUUUCUUUGUGGUGAAGAAGGCAGGACAGGAGCGUGUUAACGUCCAUACUACGUAUUACCGUCAGUCGCAUAAGCUGACUUAGCCGGCGUGAGCAAGCGAAAGUUUAAAGGCGGUGUCGAUUGUGUAUUCGGCUCUGUUGCCAUCGUGCGAAAUUCUACCGUACAGUUUACCAACAUAACUCCGUUCUGCGGUUACGGACUGGUGUCUACUGAUCGAGUGCCAGUGCGACCACGGUCGGCCGUGCUACACGGGUGUAUUAUCUGCGAUUGUGUGCUACAUAUAGAUGUGUGUUUGUGCGUAACGUGUGCGUAAAGGAGAACGUAUCCAUCACUGCUGCGAGAUAGAGAGAGACAACCAGCGAAGAGGGUGGGAGAAGCGAACGGCCGUGAAUCCACGAUACGUGGCUGCGUUCACGCCGCCGCGUAUUCCGCACGGCACGACACGAAACACAACAGCACCGACGUCCACCCAGGCUGCGAGAGGCGAGAGGAAAAAGAUUGCACACCUUAACGAAUUAUUACGAAUUCGCAUAGCUUUAACGCGCCUUUUGGCGCGUUUAGACCCCUCGCUCGGUCGACUUCUUCGACCUCCUCCUCGUCGCCACUAUGGCGGACGACGAGGUUCUCUUCGACGAGGUUUACGAGCUCUGCGAGAUUAUCGGCAAGGGACCAUUCAGCGUGGUUAGGAAAUGCAUUCACCGGCAAACAGGGCAGACCUUCGCUGUAAAAAUCGUGGACGUAGCGAAGUUCACCUCCAGCCCAGGUCUAAGUACGAACGAUUUGAAACGAGAGGCCACAAUAUGUCACAUGUUAAAACACCCCCACAUAGUAGAAUUACUGGAAACCUACAGCUCGGAGGGUAUGCUGUACAUGGUAUUCGAAUAUAUGGAUGGCUCUGAUUUAUGUUUCGAGGUCGUUCGCAGAGCAACUGCUGGAUUCGUGUACAGCGAAGCGGUUGCCAGCCAUUAUAUGCGACAGAUCCUGGAGGCGCUGCGCUACUGCCACGAGAACGACAUAAUUCAUCGUGAUCUAAAGCCGCAAUGCGCCCUGCUGGCGGGCAAGGAGAAUUCCGCACCGGUGAAGCUACGCGGCUUCAGCGUCGCGGUGCAACUCCAGUCGUCCCAGGCGAACGGCAUCGAGUAUUACACGACCGAGUAUCGGCAGUGUCUGAGCCCAAAGGGGCAGCUCUACUUGAAGGCCGACAGCGAGGGUCGUGUUGGAUGCCCGCACUUCAUGGCGCCGGAAGUGAUCCAGCGCAAACAGUACGGGAAGCCUGGUGACGUCUGGUCAGCCGGAGUGUUGCUACACGUCCUACUAACUGGUACACUUCCGUUCGUCGGCUCUCGAGAUAGACUACGAGAUGCAAUUUGCAGAGGAAGAGUGCAGAUGGAAACACCGCCUUGGGACUCAAUCAGUGAACCAGCGAAGGAUCUCAUACAAAGGAUGCUUACUACAGACGUGAAUCACAGGAUUACCAUUCAAGAAGUCCUUAACCAUAAAUGGCUUAGAGAUCGGGAUAAGGGCGUGGCCCGAAUACAUUUAGCCGAAACUAUAGAAGAACUUAAGAAAUUCAAUGCAAGACGAAAACUGAAGGAAUCUGUAAAAGUGUCUGUUUCGUCGACAAAAUGGCACGCACCUUAUUCGGAAGUUAAUGGCGAUAGCUUUUUCGAGAUUGGAGACGAUGAAGUCACAAUUACAGGUGCUGUAGCUGAAAUUUUAGACUCUCUGGAUGAUAUUGAAGUACUUCAAGAAAGUGGAAGACUGACGCGUGUAGAGAUAUUGAAUGCGGUGGAUGAUUAUCGUCUUCGAGCAGUUUUAGAGCUUUAUGACAGAAUUUCGACUCGUGUUCCAACACCAUGUCGAGCACCACAAACGGAUGCGGUUCAACGAGCACGGGAAGUUGAAGAACUUUUGAGAGAGAUUGAACAUUCAGCAAUAAGAAACAUCGACAGGGCGGAUCUUCGGGAGCUCCAUGAACUUCUGGUCCAGCCGCAUAUGAGGGCGCUUCUUCAAGCACACGACGUAGCUGGACACGAAGUCUACGGUGAAGAAGCAACCAGAGUAACUCCACCGCCUCUUCUUCCUUACCUAAAUGGAGGCGAUGAUCUGGAAGGCCAGAACGGUGAUUUGGACCUUGAAAAUGUAACACGCGUCAGGCUGGUCCAGUUCCAGAAGAACACUGAUGAGCCGAUGGGAAUCACUUUAAAAAUGAACGAGGAUGGGAAAUGCGUGGUGGCACGAAUUAUGCACGGUGGAAUGAUCCACAGACAAGCGACACUUCAUGUCGGCGAUGAGAUCAGAGAAAUUAACGGAAUACCGGUGGCCAAUCAAUCUGUCAAUACCUUGCAAAAGAUACUCCGAGAAGCACGAGGUUCGGUGACCUUCAAAAUCGUGCCGUCUUACAGGAGCGCACCGCCCCCCUGUGAGGUACAAUUGUUCAGGAUUAAGCCUCUGCCAGUGUUAAUAUUCGUUCGAGCUCAAUUCGACUACGAUCCGUUAGAGGACGAGUUGAUACCAUGUGCGCAAGCUGGGAUCGCUUUCAAAACUGGCGACAUCCUGCAAAUCAUCAGCAAGGACGACCAUUACUGGUGGCAGGCGCAGAAGGAUAACGCGGCCGGUUCCGCGGGUUUGAUACCUUCGCCUGAACUUCAGGAACGUCGUAUCGCUUAUAUGGCAAUGGAAAAGAACAAACAAGAACAAGAUGCUGAAGGAGAAGGAGGAUGUUCUUCUCACACCGAAGGCUGCGACGGUUCGACAGUGAAUUGCUCAAUAUUUGGCCGGAAAAAGAAGCAGUACAAGGAUAAGUAUCUCGCGAAACACAACGCAGUCUUUGACCAGCUGGAUCUGGUCACCUACGAAGAGGUCGUUAAGCUUCCCUAUCCCGCAUUUCAGCGGAAAACAUUAGUGUUACUUGGAGCACAUGGUGUUGGUCGUCGUCAUAUAAAGAAUACAAUUAUUGCGAAGCAUCCUGACAAAUAUGCCUAUCCUAUUCCACAUACAACGAGGCCUCCGCGAAACGAUGAAGAAAACGGACGCAAUUAUUAUUUCGUGUCGCAUGACGAAAUGAUGGCUGACAUAGCUGCUAAUGAAUACCUCGAAUAUGGUACACACGAAGAUGCUAUGUAUGGAACGAAAUUGGAAACGAUUCGCAAAAUUCACGAAGAAGGCAGAGUGGCGAUAUUAGACGUGGAACCGCAAGCUUUAAAGGUGUUACGCACAGCAGAAUUUGCACCUUAUGUUGUUUUUAUCGCCGCUCCAGUAUUCCAGAAUAUUACCGAUUGUGACGGAAGCCUGGAAAGACUGGCGAAGGAAUCGGACUCGUUGAAGCAAGCGUACGGCCACUUUUUCGACUUAACCAUCGUAAACAACGACAUCGAGGAGACGAUCGCUCAGUUAGAGGCAGCGAUCGAACGGGUACACACGACACCGCAGUGGGUGCCGGUGUCCUGGGUCUACUGACAGCGAACCUCUCCAAUUCGUCACAUCACCCACUGCAAUGGCUCGUCGAACGUGAAACAGUGAUCAUCGAAUCGCGAAUCCACCGAACGACCGGUCCAUAAGCGAUCGCUUAACUGCGACCACACGAUAGACUGUUAUACAACGUACCUAAAUUAGGCACCGGAAGUCGCAGUCGUAGCCGAUUCGGGACAGACAGGUACGUAUAAAUACGCGUCGGACCAAUCGAACGAAAAUCAAUUCGUCGAGAAUCCUUCGAAUGCGUCACUUUGGCCGUGUGUUCAUGCACAGUUUUUUUAUCACUACUGAAUUGUUACUACUACUGGUUAAUUAAUCUUAUCGGUACCCGUUAUUGUCGAUCGCGUGGGAAGAGUUAAAGAGACGAAAACUGAUCCAAUACACGACAAUCAAAAGAAUAAGAAAAGAGAAGAAGAAAACAAAAAAGAAAGCCGCAGAGGAAACAUAGAUUUUAAAAAUCUGUAAUAUCGUUUUGUUCGAUACGUAUAAGCGUAACGCUGCAAGCUCCAAAAAAUCGGUUUAAUUAACGGAGCUAAUCGCCUGUUAGUUAUUUUGUUCGCGCAGUUUUCUCUCUUUCUCUCUUCGCAUCAGCUCUUCUUACUUUCUCUAUCUCUAUCUGUCUGUCUCUAUAUUUUCCGCUCUCUUCUUUGCAUUUCUCGAGACAUUCCUCGCGUACACGAAUUGAACGCUGUCUGUGCGUAGCCACGCGUCUGGAAAACGUUGCAGAGUGGUUAACGAUAGGGCAGAGUUCGGGUGAAUAAAGAUGGAAAGUGGAUUGAAGAUGAGGAACGGUCGUUCGUGAAUGUUGACCGAGUGGACAAAGCUUGUACCGUUAUUGCGAAAUCUGUCAAUCGACUUUAACCUAAUCUAUAAUUGCCUCCUAUCGUACUCUCUCUUAUAACUAUUGUAUACAGAGCGAAGGUGAAGAAGAAAAAAAAAAAAUGCUAGGAUCUCGCUGCCCGAUAAUCCCGCUUGAAACGAUUCGAAUCGAAGGAAAAUCGAAAGGCAGCUAGUCGUUUACCAGUAACUUUUAAGCAGUAGAGAAAAACUUCGCCGAUUUCGUCUAGUAUUUCGAACAUCUAACGAAAAGUGUAUAAUUGCGCGAGCGCUAUUCUUCCUCCUUAGCUGAGCGUUUUCCUUUUCCUUUCGAGCCUGUCACUUCCGGAAGUUAUCCUAUACCGGACUCUUGGCCGGUACCAGGACGUCGAAUUGCUCGAGUUUCAUUAGAGAUCUUUUCACUCCGAACUGAGAGCUUAAAGCGCGGACCUCUUAGAGGUGCCGUUUUCUUCCUACGGGUUUUACGUUUCACACCACUCGACACACAUGCACGUCACCGUAAUAUCACUCGGUUCGCAUCGCAUCCUCGUACAAAGAAAUAAAAAAGCGCAUUAUCGAACGACGAAGUAAAUGAAACGCGCGGUUAACUAUACGAAUAUUUAUAAACACGUAAACUCAAGUAAAUAGAUAGUCUACCAACUAUAUGAAAUAAUACUAAACACCGUCUUUGCAUUAAAAUGAGAAAAAAAAAACAGAAGCAGUCUAGAAACAUGUACACGCUGACACGCGCACAUUUAAUUACACCACGUAGAUAUACGCUUACACGGUCGUACGCGUGACACACACAAACGCGCGCUCAUGUAACGCUGAAACGAGUAAUCCUUUCAUUAACACGUUGAAAAAUUAUUAUAUAGAAACAAAAUUAUAUUAGCGCGUAAAUAGAAAUUUUAUUCUAUUUUUCUUUAUAACAUUUCAACUCCAAAUGCUAAAAAUAUCAGAACACCAAAAUAUUAAAAAUUUUUUAAUGAAGUUUAUUAAUUUCCCACAAUUUUCUAGAAUGUUAUGUUUGUGUUAUAAAAGGGUUACUUGUACACCACUACAUACAUAAAAAAAAAACAUAGACACAUACAUACGACAAGUAACGCGGAUUCACGAGAAACAGAUUUAACGUCUAGGUAAUUAAUUACAAACGAUUACAUGAAUUAAUUGUGUAACUAAUUAACACUAAAUUAUUAGGUGACUAGGAGAUUUGCAUAUGCAGCCCGUAGAAGCGAAGGAGUGAAUGCGUGUACGUAAGAUUAAUCGGUGUGAGUCUGUUGCAUUCGCGAUCAACGUUGUGGACCUUCACGUGGCUUUGUUCAGAAUAACAAGAAAAAUGUUUAAUUACAGCUCAAUUACUUAUAUAUAUUAAGAUCUCGAGAAACAUACACAGGCACAGCGACACUUUUCACACGCGUACACACAGAUUUUACUAUGUUCUUCCUACUUGACACACAUAUUGAACACACACGAUGUUAUAUAGUCAUCGAGCGGGUAAUUGCCCUGUUAAAUUAAACGCUAUAUUUUGAUGGAGUUCGCAAAGAAAACGGAGAAACAAUCUGUUGUGUACGUAUCUAAGAACAGGCUCCAAUUCUCGCACGAAAAUAAAUUUAAAGAAAGAAAAAAUUGUUAAGUGACAAGGAUCAAAAAAUCGAAGGAAAGCUCGUGUCGGUAUGAUCGUUUUAAGUGUGAAUGAGAAAAUAAUUGAAACGUAAGAAGAACGAAUCUUCAGUGAUUUUGUAAUAUUUCUUAUAAGUUGUAGCUGCCAUAUCCAGUAAUGUUAAGUAACUAGGUGCACUGAGUGAUUAUCUGACGACGACUGUUAGGAUUCUAAUGGUGAUGAUUAAUAAUGAUGAUGAUCUAUGAUGAUCCUACAUGCUCCUGCAAGUGUGUGUCCGCGACUUUGGAUGAGUUACGCUAAGAUGUUGAAAAGACGACGGGUCUAAAGAAAACAAUAACAGUUCAUUACAAUUAUGUAAUUAUAAAUAAGAGAAAGAGACGAAGAAUAUUA